CAAGCAGAACACUAAACGGGCCAGAUGUGGCGCUGACUAAGCGGGCUCCAGUCCGCUGCAAGACGCGCUGUGCAGGAAGUCCCACAGCCGCCCAGGCGCUGCCACUCCAGCCAGAGCUAGUACUCAUGGGCGCCAGACAAGCUGAUGACGAUAAUACGCCACACCAGCGCCUGGAAAGAAAUGCUGCCCAGAAUGAAAUCUAGGGGGCCUGCACAGGUGAUGCAAGCGUCAGCCGCAAGUUCAACUUCGGUGACCCACCCUGAACCUCCUCCACUUCACAAAGCGCGCCACCCGCCGUCCAGAUGGCAACAAAAUGCUCCAGCUUAGCCGCCUUGAGCUGUGCGCCGCGACUGUGCCGCCGGCUGGGUCCCCGAACCCCCCGCCUGCUGUGCUGGCGCUGGGCACGGCAUGGCUGCAGGGCGGGCCGGAGCCGGAGACGUUACAACCGGCGGGUGGUGGUAAGGGCAGGGGCAGGGGCCUGGGCGCGCCGGCUGGGGCUUCGGCCGACAUGGCUGGGCGCGCGGGUGGGGGUGCGGGCAGUGAGGCGGAGUACGGGGCCGUUUGCCUGACCCGGGACGCGUGUGUUGCCAUCGGCUCUGACCUCGUGACGCACCAGAACCGCUGCGCAGAUGUGCAGGGGUUUGAGUGGGCGCAGCUGGGCCACGACACGCUUGGUGGCCGCCUCCUCGCCUACCUCCGUGACCAGGGCGCCACCGUACCGGACUGGGCCGUCUGCCGCGUGCCGGCCGGCCGUACCGCCGUCCUGGCACAGCUGCGCGACGAGUUCACUGGCUGGUGGCGCCUGUACUCAGCCCAGCCUGCAGAUACACCCCUGCCUUCCGACGUGACGGAGCAGCUGGAUGACGCCGCGCAGCAGGUGCAGACGGCCUACAUGGACUACGUGCUCCUAGACGCCCGCACCCUGCGGUCCGCUAAGCGUGGGCCGGCGAACCCCGGCGGGGCCAGCGGGCCCAGCCGCCGGCAACGCCAGCACCGCAGCCGCAGUACCUCCAGCCAUAUGAGCCUGGGCAGCGCUCCAUUGCACCCCGGCGGCGCCAGCUCAGGUGCCCCGCAACUUGCCAGCCUCCUCGCCCAGUUCAGUCUGGUGGACCCUUGGGCGAGCAAGCGCGGCGGCGCCAAGGGCUACACGCAUCCGGCCACACCCAAGCCGGCCACUCCCGCACGCCUGGAUCGGUGGUAUGUCAGUGCCACCGCGGCGCCGUGGGUGGUGGAUGUCGCUCGCACGUACGGGGCGCCUGGGGACCACAACGGUGUGCUGCUCACCCUGUCCUUGCCCGACCUGCCACAUGCGCACCGGGAGCAGUGGCGCUUCCCCACCUACCUGCUGUUUCACCCCUCGCUGCGUUUGGAGCUCAAGCAGCGCUUGGAGGCGCACGUUGCCGCAAAUCCCGUGGCCAGUACAGGUGACGGCGCUUGCACGCAAUGGGAGGCGGACAAGUUCUUCUUGCGGGAGGCCGCCACCAGCAUCCACCGUCGGCAUGCACGCCAGACCCGGGACGGGCUGCAUGGGGUGGUGCUGGCCGCAGACGCGGCCGCUGCCCUGGCCGACCGGCCGGGUGCCAGCGCCGCGCAGCGUCAGGCUGCGGCCAUGGCCAACUUGGCGGUGCGGGAGGAGCGGGCAGCUGCCGCAGCGGCCAGCCACAAUGCCCGCGCUGCACUGAUGGAGGAGCAUGGGGAGCGGGGCACUCGCUGGUUCCAUCGGCAGGCUGACGAGCCAGCAGCCGGCGCGCAGGAGCGCAUCACGCACUUGAAGGUGCCGGGGCAACCGGCGCCUGUGGCGCUCACGGGGCCGGGCACGCGCAACACUGUCUCCGCAGCCGCCGCAGCCAUGUACAGCAGCACCAGCCCCACCGGCCUGUUCCGCGUGCAGCCUGUCUGUACGGUGUCGCAGCAACAGCUUCUGGAGGCCAUUGACCGCAAGGUUCCGGCGGAUCUGCAGGCCGCCGCAGAGGGGUCCGGUGACGGCGCCCUCAGUGAUGCGGAGCUGAUGGCAGCGCUGGCUGGCUCCGCCAAUGGUAAAGCGCCUGGGUCGGACGGGGUCCCGUACGAGGUGUACAAGGUUUUCUGGGCGCUGCUGGGUCCGCGCUUGUGUGCUGCUGCUGCCGCUGCCUUUGCUGCCGCUGCAGACGCCCACGAUGGCGGUGAAAUGGCGGCGGCGCUGCCCGCCUCCUGGCGGGAGGGCAUCAUCACCCUCAUCUACAAGGGCAAAAGCCUGGACCGCGCCGAGCUGGCGUCCUACCGGCCCAUCACGCUGCUCAACUGCGACUUCAAGAUGGUGUCCAAGGCCGUCAGCGCCCGCCUGCAGCCCGCCCUGGAUGCAGUUGUGGAUGAGCUGCAGACCGCGUUCAUCACCGGCCGCUGGAUUGGAGACAAUGCGCUGUACCUCCAAGGCCUGAUCGAAUGGAUGCGCCUGGACGUGGGCGCGGACGGCACGCCACGGCAGGGUGGUGCGCUGUACUUCUUGGACAUUGAAAAGGCGUAUGACCGGGUGCACCGACAGUGGCUGUAUGCGUCCGCGGAGGGACUGGGGUUUGGGCCGCGCAUGCUACGCUGGAUCCGCCUGCUCACUGCCAACGGCUCUGCCCGCGUGUGUGUGAACGGGAUGCUCUCUGACGCCUUCCCAGUGCUGAACGGCUUGCCGCAGGGCAGCACCGCCUCACCACCCCUGUGGGUCAUCCAGAUGCAGCCACUGACGUCCUUUCUGCGGCGGCAGGUGGAGCAAGGGGCACUGCGCACGCCCCUGUUACCCAGCGGCGAGCAGGCGCCACCUGCUGCCCACCACGCUGACGACACGACCCUCACGGCGCGCGACCCGGCGGUGGACGGGCCGGUCCUGAUGGCGGCAGUACAGCUGUUCUGCCGCGCGUCCAACGCCCGUGUCCAUCCGGACAAGAGCAAGGCCAUGGGCCUUGGCAGGUUUGCGCACCUGACGGGCCCUUGCCCACACACGGGGGUGCCGUUUACCACUGGCGCCGUGACGCACCUAGGUGUGCCCCUGUCGUGGGACUCUGAUGCGGCUGCAGCUGACUUGUACACCCGGCGGGCUCGCGGUAUGGCGUUUGUGGCGCGUCUGUGGGCUGCCCUGUCUCUGACUCUCGUUGGCCGUGUGCACAUUGCGAAGCAGGUGCUGGCGGCGAAGCUGGCCUACCACUUCAGCUUCCUCAACCCGUCGCCUGCGCAGCUGAAGGAACUCGCCGACCUGGUGGACCACUUUGCUGCGCGCUCCAUGCACGCUGAGGACGCCAGCCUGGUGUCGCACGGGAACCCGUUCCUGCUGCCAAAGCGGGAAACGGCCUGUCUGCCGUACAAGGACGGGGGUGUCAACCAUGUCGACCUGCCUGCGUUCCUGUCUGCCCUGCAAGCUAAGACUUUCGCCCUCCUUGCCCAGCCAGGCCGGCAACCCUGGAAGAUGCUCACCCGGGCGCUGCUUACCCAUGUGCGCCCGGACUCAGCCACCACGUGGGCGUGGGUGUACAGCGACGCGCCAGCGCCAGCGGGGCUGCCUGCCCGGCUGGCGGCCGCGGUCGGCCACGUGCGGAGCGCGGGUGUGGAACAGCAUCCGCCGCAGCCAGCCACUCAGCCGCCAGCGGCGCCGCCACAGUGGCGGGUUAGCCUGGACCAGCUGUGGGUGGCUAACGCUGCGGGGGCUGUGUCCUACGUCCACUACACGGGGCGGCUCUUGGAGCCUGGGCCUGGCGUGCUGCCCCCGGCGGUGGAUGGGGCGUGGCAGCCUGCCUGUGUGCUGCAGCAUCGCAAGCCGCGGCACCUGUGGACCUUUGAAGAGCGGGCGGCGUACGAUGCAGCAUCACCAGGGGAACGGGCGGGGGCGUGGCCUCGGGCACCGUACUUCCUGGCGCCGGAGGCUGGGGUGGUGGUGCACCCAGAGCACUGCCGGAUUGCGGGUGUCAGCUUGGCGGACUACACGGUGCGGGACGUGCGGCGGGCCAUCACCGCGGCUAACCCGGCCGCACCUCCGGCUCCGGCCCGCCCUGCAGCCAUGCCGUGCCCAGCGCCAGCACAGCAGGCGGGGGGUUCGGGGACCCAGCCGGCGGCACAGUCGCGGCUGGUGGAGCGGGAGGCGGAGUGGCAGCGUGCAGCGGCGCAGCUGACCACCACGGCGGCGCAGCAUUUCCACAAUAACCCGGUGGCUCUGGACCCCUGGCUUCACCGCACCUCUGCGGCAGCCGCGCUGCAGAACACGCCGGCGAGAGAACUGCAGUCGUAUGCGUCCCCGUCCCAGCAGUCGGGUGAGGGGCCGCGGCGGUCCGCGCGGCUGCAGGAGCAGGCGGCGGGCGGGGCGGGGCCUAGCCCGGGGCCUGCCACGGCGGCGGCGGCAGCAGCGGCGGUGGUGGAGGGCGACCCUCGCAUGCCGCCCCCGGAUGCGUCCCUUCUGCGGGCUUAUGCGCAGGCGAGGACGUGGCUGCAGCAGCUGUGGGCCUGCGUUGCGCCCCAGGCAGCGGCGCCGCCAGUGACGGACGCGGGCUUCAUGCUGGGGGACCGCAUGGGUAUGUGGGCCUCAGGCCCGCGGGGGGCGGGCGCGCUGCUGUGGAGCACUUUGCGGGCCACCUUCUUGUACGCCGUCUGGUGUGCGUACUGGUCCCGCGAGCCUGCUAAGCAGACGUCGGAGCAUGUGGUUCGGGAGGUGGUCAGCGAGCUGCGCAGGGUGAUGCGGCUGCGUUUCACUGCCGCCACGCUAACCCCUGAAACCCUGUCGGCUCUGCCCACACAGCUUCUCACCGCACAGCUCAAGGCGGCUAAGCUGGAGCACUUUGUUGCCAUCUGGUCGGCGGGUGGCGCGCUUUGUGAAGUGGAGGAGGUUCAGGGUGGGUCACCGAAGUUGAACUUGCGGCUGACGCUUGCAUCACCUGUGCAGGCCCCCUAGGUUUCCUUUUGGGCGGCGGUUCUUUCCAUGCGCUGGCGUGGCGUAUUAUCAUCAUCAGCUUGUCUGGCGCCCAUGAGUACUAGCUCUGGCUGGAGUGGCAGCGCCUGGGCGGCUGUGGGACUUCCUGCACAGCGCGUCUUGCAGCGGACUGGAGCCCACUUAGUCAGCGCCACAUCUGGCCCGUUUGGUUUUCUGCUUGUGUCUCCUCUGCCGGUUCUCCUGGGGUGUUGCUUAAGCAACCGACUUGUGGGGGUGGGGUGGGUUUUGGGCGGGGCGAGUGCGUAGCGCUGGUGUUUUCUUUUCUGGCGCGCGGUGGUGGUGGUUCUUGCGGUUGGCUGUGGUGUAGGUUGGUGCUUGGGUUAGGUCUGGCGGUGUUUU